UCCUUGUUUCCGUUUGGGCGGAGUUUCUGGUUGGAGCUGGGAAUGUCCCCGGGUGAGUGAGACAGACAGACAGACAGACAGACACGUCGUUGGAAGAGAGAGGAUACCCACCUGUUGAACAGCAGCGGUCUGGUUGAAAUCGAUUUUUAUUUCACUCGUGUUUCCUCUGAGAGAUUCAGGAUCUGAGCCUUCAGGAUGACGGACACUCUGUUACCAAACGGCAUCAAAGACAGCGGAGGAGACAGCACUUAUUUCAGAAAAGGUUGUAACCCGUUCGCCCAGACUGGACGAAGCAAACUUCAGAAUAAACGAGCCAGUGUGAACCAGGAGAUCAUCAAACAGAUGAGGAUGAGGGCUGGAGCUGAGAACCUGCUGAAGGCUACAUCUAACAACAAGGUUAAAGAGAUGGUUCUGUUGGAGUUGAGCUAUGUUAACUCCAACCUACAGCUACUGAUGGGACAGCUAGAAGGACUCAACAGCUCAGUGGAGGUCUACCAGAACACCCAGGAGACAGCCAACAUCCCCCUCAUUGCUCUGGGUCUAAAGGAGACAAAAGACAUUGACUUUUCCACUCUGUUUAAGGACUUCAUCUUGGAGCACUACAGUGAAGACGGGAACAGCUUUGAAGAUGAGAUUGCUGACCUGAUAGACCUGCGACAGGCUUGCAGAACGCCAAGUCGAGACGAGGCUGGGGUGGAGCUGCUGGCGAAGUACUUCAGCCAUCUUCCUCUGAUGGAGAGCCGCUUCUUCUCCCCAUCCCGCCAGACUGGCAUCUUCUUUACCUGGUACGACUCUUUUACAGGAGUGCCCCUAUGCCAACAGAACCUUUCACUGGAGAAAGCCAGUGUCCUCUUCAACAUGGCCGCCCUCUACUCUCAGAUCGGUACCCGUAGUGACCGUCAGACAAUAGCUGGCCUGGAGGAGGCCAUCUCUUCCUUCCAGAAAAGUUCAGGUAUCCUGAACCACCUGAAAGAGACACACACCCACACUCCCAGCUACGACAUGAGCCCAGCCAUGCUCAGUAUGUUGAUUCGGAUGAUGCUUGCUCAGGCUCAGGAGUGCCUGUUUGAGAAGACUGCACUGCCUGGGAUCCGAAACCAGUUCUCUUCCCUGAUGAAAAUGGCCCAGGAGGCUGCAAAGGUCUCAGAAAUCUACGACCAACUCCAUCAGUCCAUGAUCCAGACGCCAAUCAAAGACAAUGUCCCGUUCUUCUGGUCCACCAUGUCGCAAGUCAAAACCAACCACUACCGCUCCAUGGCACAUUACUUUGCAGCCUCAGCGCUCCUGGACCACCAGUUGAGUCUCAGUGACGAUGAGGACCAGCAGGAGAAGACCUUGUCACAGGUCUAUGAUCGCCUUCCUGAAGGACGCUCUCCUCUUGACAUCCUGAAAAAGAAAGAUGAACGUGAACGCAUUGGUAAAGCACACAUUCGUCGGGCCAUACUGGGUCAUGAAGAGGCUCUAAGGAUCUUUGGUUUGUGCCAGCACUUAAACAAGCUGGAGGCCCUGCAGGAGAUUUUAAAAGCCAGCCACCAGCGCUCGCUCAACAAGUGCAGUGAAUAUGAAGAUGAGGAAGAGUUUGCAGACUACACGGAGGCCCCAGACAUCAUCUCGAAAACAGAGCACAAAGCAGAGAUGGAGGUUCCUGCAACCACAAAGGUGAAAGUCACAGACUUCUUCCAGAGGCUGGGCCCUCUGUCAGUCUUCUCAGCCAAGCAGCGGUGGACAGCCCCACGGACAAUACAUCUUUGCCCAAAAGACAGAGACCUGGGCUUCACCCUGAAAGGGGAAACACCAGUCCAGGUGGUUUCGUUGGACCCCCUUUGCACAGCUGCUGCUGAUGGUCUGAAAGAGAGUGACUACAUUGUUGCCGUGGGCGACACAGAUUGCAAAUGGAUGGGCGUGAGCGAUGUGAUGCGACUGCUGAAGGAUGUGGAUGAGGAAGGGAUUGACAUCCAGGUGAUCAGCAUUAUGGACAGCAACCCACCAAUGCCUACCAAGAGUGCCACCUUCUGCGGAAACCUGCCUAAAACCUACUCCAUGAUUUGUCUGGCUUAUGAUGAUGACGACAAGAACCCCAAGUCUCGCAAAGUAACCAAGAAGCCAUCCUUCCUCAGCUGGGGUCUGAAGAACAAGCUGAAGAGCGCCAGCACCCUCAGCCUUCCCACUGCUGACCACUCCGGGGGGCUUCCCUGGAAUAAACCCUGUCCCACGUUCCCCAGCUCCAGCACCUACAACGACAGUGCCCUCUACUGAGCUAGCUGUAGACUUCUUACUGUCUGCAAGCAUCGUUCAGUAUGCGUAUUAGGCCUAGUAUGGCUGUAUACAGUACUGUGUUGUACCCAUACUGGACCUGCCAUGGUGCAGUACCAGUGCCGUUUGGUGUUUCCACUGGAAUACUGAACAGUAGUGUAUGUAGCUUGUUUGUCACCAGUGUAAUGAUGACAUUUCUGCCAGCUACCUUAGAAAGUGGCUGUGACAAACACUGUAUAUAGUUGCCUUUGUUACACAUGGACACCUUCCCAGCACAGUUUAGAAUCUGAAGUAAACUAGGCUGCACACCAAACACAAUGGGAAAUCCUUCUGUACCAUACAUACCAGCAUGUGUACAGCACAUGACAACUGCACUCUGGGAAAAACAUACCAGUUAUCAUUCCAGUCUAUAUAUAUAUAUAUAUAUAUAUCUACACAGCACUGAGAUAGGCCUCUAAGCUAAACUGUCAUCUCAGUAUGUUUUCUUGAAGAAAAGCUCCGGACGAAUUGAAGGACGAAAGCAAAGCUGUACAAACACACCCAGUGUUGGUUUCUACUUGACUGCAACAGGGAUCAUUUUAUUGUGGUUUACACAGUCCCUUGUUAGUUCCAUUGUGUACUGAUGUAGCUGUGCAGUUAUGUUCCAUACUGUAUAUGUGAAGGAUUAGGUCAUUGCCAAGAUAUUUGUUGCAGUCUGUGGAUACUGAUCAGUUGUUGGGGUUUGAAAUGCGUACGUUUUCUAAAUAGAUAUGUAGAUGUUUUAAACCUUGUUGCAGUAUGUUAAACAAUGAUUGAGGGAAAAACAAAUUGUGCAGUUGUUGUUGUUUUUGUCUAGGGAGAGUUGAUGAAUGCAAUGUUCUGUAAGCUGCUAAAAAUCACAUACUGUAUAUAUACCUUGGUUGUGUAUUAUUGUCACUUUUGUAGUUGUAAGACAGCCUUCGAGGAUUAUUAUUUCUGCUAAGACUCAUGCCUGAGACAAAGUGGAAAUGGAAAAUAUUGGUAUUUGAGGUUUGCUUAAUAUACCAGAUAUGCCACAGACCAAAAUGCCUCCAUGUCCCUAAUAUGCCAGGAUGAACCAUUUCCUAUCCUGACUCAUCUAACCCAGUCCUGGCCCUCUUUGAUCAGUGCUGCUGCUGUCUGGCAGUUCGUCAAUUUGUAAGAAGAGCAUGAGCUACGUGUCUCUCAGUUAAUGUGAAUCUUAAAGUUGUUAACAGGUUAUUUUGUAUCCAGAAGGGAAGACUGUGGUUAGACUGCAUCGUACCUUGACAGCCGGUCAACUAACUACGACAUUGAUCAAAGUCCGCUGUCAGGUUUCUUCUCCCUGUCUUAAUCCUAGUCCCAUCCCCCAUUUUACUGACACUAGGCAGUGUUGGACUAUCUCUUUAUCUACAAAGUAGAUUCUUAUACACAUUUGAUAAUCAAAUUAUUUAUGUAAUAAAAAAACAAAUACUCAAAAAAUAUAUGUAUUUAUACAUACAACUUUACAUUGUAGGUUUCAGAACAGUUUAGUAAUGGUCAAGUUGUGAAUUUUUGCACGUUGGAUUUUUUGAAAGAAUGUAUUUUACUAGCUUUGCUUAAUCUUUUGGUGAACUUAUAUACCGGUACGUUUUGUCUAUGUAAAGAUAUUUUAAGCGUUUUUAAACUGUAACUCUGAGACGAUGUAACACUCUUUACUGUCUCUGUUUACCUAAUUGGUGUUUUAAGUGCCAUGUAUGCUUAAUCAUGAAGGAAAAUGUCAAGUGUAUUACAAGACUGUGCAGUAAUUGAUUAAUAUUAAUAAGUACUAACAUCUCUCAAUGCAUUUCACCAUGCAUAGUGAUACUAAAUGCCUUGGUCUAUUUGCAGAGUUAUUGUGCUGGGCCUAUUCUUCUAAAAGGUUUCAGGUUGCAUUUGCUUCUUUCUCUGUAUUUUGUGUUGCAUGACACCUGUGGCGUGAAUACCUUGUCCGUAAGUCUUUGUGUCAUUUGUAUGAACUCAAAUCUCAAUAAAAGAGGGGAACAAAACAAA